AUGUUUGAAUUCGAUGUGUGACCAAAAAACAGGUAGAUGUGAAGAUUGGAAAACAGAAAUGGUUACAUACAGUACCGCCUCUGACGAAGACACACCUAGUACUAAGGAAAUGAACGUCAUUCAAGAUUUGAAAACAGAAAGGGCUACACACAGCACCAUCGCAGAUGAAGACACACCUAUUACUAAGGAAAUGGACGACAUACAAGAGGUCAGCUCCAACAGAGGGGACCAGACUCAGUCCAUCAUAGUGCUGUUUGUUCUCGUGGUGAUAGCUGUGGUUUUGGUUUUUAUUGUGGCUUUCCGCUUUAAAAAAAGAACGAAAACACCAAAAGUGCAAAUCAAUGAGGAAAAUGUCUUUUCCGUGGAAUUACAUGGAGUAGAAUCACGAAACGAAUACGAACUAGAGGAGAUUCCCCAGAACGAGGUUGGCGAUGUUGAGGAUGAAAUCAUCACCGUAGAGUACAGUAAUCUGACGUCACAAAGGGUCUCCAUUGAUCAGUUCAUCAGAGAAUUACCAGAAAAAAGAAGCAACGGAAUCCUGGAGAAAGAAUUCGAUGAACUUCCUACUGGACUACUAGAGUCCUAUUCCAAUGCUCUGAAGGCUUCCAGUAGAAAGGGGAAUCGAUACAAAGGAAUUUAUCCAUAUGAUUAUAAUUGCGUGAAAUUGAUGAGAACAUAUGCAAAUGAGAACGAUGACUUUGUCAAUGCAUCUUACAUACAUGUAAGUAUGUCAUUACAAUACUUACAAAAUCACUAGACA